AUCAGUUCAAGUUUGUCUUUCGUCGUGUAAAGAACUUUGAAAAAUCUAAAUCAAAAUGACCGGCCGUGGUAAAGGUGGAAAAGGAUUGGGAAAAGGUGGCGCAAAACGUCAUCGUAAAGUGUUGCGUGAUAACAUCCAAGGCAUCACAAAACCUGCCAUCCGUCGUUUGGCUCGUCGUGGUGGUGUCAAGCGUAUCUCAGGCUUGAUCUACGAAGAAACUCGUGGUGUUUUGAAAGUUUUCUUGGAAAACGUCAUCCGAGAUGCCGUCACAUACACCGAACACGCCAAACGUAAGACAGUCACCGCUAUGGAUGUCGUCUACGCUUUGAAACGUCAAGGCCGCACUUUGUACGGUUUCGGAGGUUAAAUUAAUCCCGAUCAUCAACAACAACAAAUUACAGAAAAACAGCCCUUUUCAG